CACCGCUGUACUGACGCUAACAGAAUCUGCUGACUAUAGGUUCCAAGACGAGAAAGAUGGUUAACAGCAUCUUAUUGUUCGUUCUCGUAUUCGCUGGGCAGAGUAUUCUUGUUUUGGGUGAAUUAAAGGAAUACACCCGGACUCCAGAAGAAACUGUCGCCUUGACGAAUAGUCAAAUCGAUCUUCUACGAUCAGUAUUGGAAAUACAAAUAGGCUGGAAAUCUGGAGUCAACACGAAUGAUGAAGCCCAGGAUAAGAAUGGAAUCAAAACAUGUUGGAAUGGUAACCAAAAACUAAUUAGUGUUCUGGUGCACAACUGUGUCAGGAGGGAUUACAUGGAGAAAAGAGGCUGGUUGGACUGCGAUGGGGUCAAAAAUGGACUACUAAACGAUAUAGCAAUACAGGAAAGUAAAGUUAAGACCUGGAAGGUAGCGUCGGGUGACUCGACAAACGACAGUCAAGGAAAGUUCGAAACUUAUGUAAAGGACACUCUCUCCCAACUCAUCGCAACUGCAUUCAACAACUGUCCCGGUGGUGUCAAUACCGACACAAACGUGGCAAUUUUGAAUUGACCUGUUAUAAACCACAGAUCUUAGAUGAAAGUGAAGUUAUUAAAAUUCGCUAAC